AUGAGUCUGCGAUUGAAUUCAAUCAAAAAACUUUUAACGAUUGCCUUGGCACUUGGUGCUGAACGUACUUGUAGUGAGUUGAUGCCGUUUUUGACAGAGACAAUUUAUAAUGGAGAUGAAGUUCAAUUGGCACUCGCUGAACAACUUGGUACAUUCACACCACUUGUAGGUCGACUUGAUCAUGUUUAUUGUUUAUUGCCACCACUUGAAGCAUUGGCGACUGUUGAUGAAACAGUCGUACGUGACAAAGCAGUUGAAUCUUUGCGUAAUCUUGCAAGUCAACACAGUCCAGCAUAUCGUGAAGAUCAUUUUGUUCCAUUGGUACAACGUUUGACAUCUGGUGAUUAG